AUGUCGACAUUGAGUGUCGCUGCUGGUGCUGGUGCGCGCUGGGGAAGACGGAGGCUCCUCUGGUGCUCACGAUUAGGAAAGACAGUAUACACAGGAAUUGAUCAUCACUGGAAAGAAGCUGUUUUUGCCACAUGUGGACAGCAAGUAGACAUUUGGGAUGAACAAAGAAUCAGCCCUAUAUAUUCAAUGACUUGGGGAUUUGACAGUAUAUGUAGUGUUAAAUUUAACCCAACUGAGACAUUUCCCUUGGGAAGUUGUGCUUCUGACAGAAAUAUAGUACUAUAUGAUAUGAGGCAAGCUACUCCUCUGAAAAAGGUCAUCUUAGAUAUGAGAACAAACACGAUUAGUUGGAAGCCUAUGGAAGCUUUCAUUUUCACUGCAGCAAAUGAAGAUUACAACUUAUAUACUUUUGAUAUGCAUGCACUGGACACUCCUGUAAUGGUGCACAUGGAUCACGUGUCUGCAGUGCUCGAUGUGGAUUACUCUCCCACUGGGAAAGAGUUCGUGUCCGCUAGUUUUGAUAAAUCUAUUCGCAUCUUCCCUGUGGACAAAAGUAGGAGCAGGGAAGUGUAUCACACAAAGAAAAUGCAACAUGUUAUCUGUGUAAAAUGGACGUCUGACAGCAAGUAUAUCAUGUGUGGAUCUGAUGAAAUGAACAUUCGUCUCUUGAAAGCUAAUGCUUCUGAAAAAUUGGGUGUGUUUACAUCGCGAGAAAAGGCAGCCAAAGAUUAUAACCAGAAGUUAAAGGAGAAAUUUCAGCAUCAUCCUCAAAUAAAAUAUAUUGCUCGUCACCAACAUCUACCAAAACCAAUCUACAGUCAGAUUCAAGAACAGCGCGUCAUGAAAGAAGCUCGUAGACGAAAGGAAGUGAAUCGUCUGAAACACAGCAAGCCUGGAUCUGUGCCAAUCGUGCCAGAGGAGAAGAAACACAUAGUGGCAGUUGUGAAGUAA